AUGACUUGUGAGGGUAAGCAGACAAUUCCGCGCAAGAAACUGUCGGAGCGGGACAUCUUCGACUCGAAAGGACUGCCCAGACUAGGUCUGAUCAAAAGCCACAUGAAGCAAGAGGGACGUCUGUCUGAGAACUGCGCUCUCAGAAUCAUUAAUCAGACUGCUAAAAUGUUCGCGACUGAGCCGACAUUACUGCAGGUGACAGCCCCAGUGAUGGUAGUGGGGGACAUACAUGGACAGUACUAUGACCUGCUGAAGCUUCUCACCAUAGGGGGGAGUGCCAGUGUGAACAAGUACCUGUUCCUCGGGGACUACGUAGACAGGGGCAUGUUCAGCAUAGAGUGUGUGUUGCUACUUUACACAAUGAAGAUUGCAUAUCCCAAACAUGUGCUGCUUCUCAGAGGAAACCACGAAAGUCGACAUCUGACUAAAAUUUUCACCUUCCGUGAAGAAUGUCUGUGCAAGUACAGUGAGACAGUGUACAAAGCAUGUAUGGAGUCGUUUGACACGCUACCUCUUGCGGCCAUAGUGAACAAACAGUUCUUCUGUGUGCACGGGGGACUAUCCCCCCAUAUCAAAGACGUGGCAGAGGUUGAGAAAAUCAACAGGUUCCGAGAACCCAACAGAAGAGGAGACAACAUGAUGGACUUGUUGUGGUCUGACCCGAUGAGGGAUUACGGGGAGGAGAAGACGGCUGACCUGUAUACUUCCAAUGUGGCCAGACAGAUAUCGUACUACUACUCAUACAAGGCAGUGGCCAACUUCCUCUACCGCAAUGGACUCAUCUGUGUGGUGCGUGCUCACGAGGCGCAGGAUGCUGGAUUCAGGAUGUACAAGCCCCUGCCCAAGUCCAAGUUCCCCUCCCUCAUCACCAUCUUCUCCGCCCCCAACUACUGCGAGACAUAUGGCAACAAGGCCGUCAUCCUCUGCUACGAGAAGAAAAACAUGAAUUUGAAGACAUUUCUGGCACAGACGCACCCCUACUGGCUGCCCAGUUUCCAGAACGGACUCUGCUGGUCCCUCCCCUUCGCAGCCCGCAUGAUCACACAGCUACUGUUCGCGCUAUGCCAAGUCUGCACUGUGGAGGAGUUGUCGGGUGCGAGUACAGGGGCGAGAGACAUGGACGACACUCUGACCAAUAAGGUGAAGGCAGUGGGCAAGAUGGCCAAGUACUACGACAAGAUGGCCAGCGACAACAAACUAGCCGUCCGCAUGAAAGGACUAGGAGACAAUGAGCAACUGAGGAAAGACAUCCUGACGGGAAAAGAGAGCAGCUCGGAGGCGAAGAAGGUGAGAGCGGGCAAUGCACGUAACCUGCAGUUCAAUGAGGCCAAGAAACUGGACUCGGACAACGAGGCCAUCAACCCUACAGACGAUGUCGCCUCAGUCACUUCCAGCGGCAGGUCCAAAUACAAUGCCAGCAAUGCAUCUACCAGAAGAUCACGGUCGCAUCGUCCGAGUUCGAGUCGCAGUCAGAGAAGUCAAGGAAGUUCAAAGAGUCAUGGCAGUGCGAGGAGUCACCGCAGCCCAGGGGCAUCAGGGAGUCGACCAGGGUCACGUGGAACACAUGCAAGUAACGCUAGACCAGGCUCGAAACAUCGGAGUCACGCGAGCAGUGGAACGUCUCCUCAUGACCAGACACAAAUAUCUGGUUCUGGCUUCUUCGUCCCUGAGAACUCCCCCACAGGCACCAAAGUGACCACCAUGGAGCCCCUCAACACGACCAGUUUUUCCUUGAACACGUAUGGCUCCCCCAAGUGGGGCAUUGUGUCUCCUCCCUCAGGAAUACCAUUUGUGAUGGGUGAUGUCGAUGCAGAGUCGGGAUCGAUCGAAGUUGGAAGUGAGACACAGCUUCUGGACUUCGAAACACAAACUGAGUGGUGGGUGACAGUGGCUGUCUUCGCCCAGUACACUCCAUUCAAUGGGUACAAACUGGUUUCCAUCCAUGUGGUAGAUGUAGACGAGGCUCCUUCAUUCUACCCCAUGGAAAACACCAUAACCAUCACUGAAGACACGACACCUGGUAAUGAAGAGUUGAUUAUGCUUCAUUGA